UCUUGUCUUCAUGUUAAAGCAGCAGUGUUAAGCAUAUGAAAAUUUAGAUUUUACCUUUUUGCUUUCUUGUUUUGUUUUAGAAUUCUGGGUCAUGCAUCUCAUGCUUAUUCAAACCAAGCAAUAAAAGCAUAUUUCAUGAACGAUGAUGAUGUCCUUUUCAUCAUCAACAUCAGCAGUGGCUCCUUCCAGUUACCGAAACCCUAAUUCAAUUCCAGCAGCAGUGAAGAGAAAGCGAAGUCAACCAGGAAGACCAGAUCCAGAGGCAGAAGUAAUAGCUCUAUCGCCAAAAUCGCUGAUGGCGACGAACCGUUUCGUAUGUGAGAUAUGCAAGAAAGGGUUCCAGAGGGAGCAGAACCUGCAGCUGCACCGGCGAGGGCACAACCUGCCGUGGAAGCUUCGGCAGAGGGAGAAGGAGGAGGUGGUGCGGAAGAAGGUGUACGUGUGUCCGGAGAAGAGCUGCGUCCACCACGAGAGUUGUCGUGCGCUGGGGGACUUGACGGGGAUAAAGAAACACUACAGCAGAAAGCACGGCGAGAAGAAGCUGAAAUGCGAAAAGUGUUCCAAGAAAUACGCUGUUCACUCUGAUUGGAAGGCUCAUACCAAGAUCUGUGGCACCAGAGAGUAUCGUUGUCACUGUGGCACUCUCUUCUCCAGGAAGGACAGCUUCCUCACUCACAGAUCUUUUUGUCAAGCCUUGCCUCAACCAAUCAAUUCUCAAUUUCAUACUGCUUCUUCCAUGGCACCACCAUCACUACCACUAUGGCUUGACCAAACAAUCAACCAAGACAACAAACUCGGAGACUUGUUCUACUCAUCAUCAUCAUCAUCCACACUCAUGUCGGCCACUGCGUUGUUGCAGAAAGCUACACAAAUGGAAUCUACUCCUAUCGCUUCUAACAACGACAAUAAUGCCUUUGUUGGAUUCAUGCUCAGCUCUUCGUCUCAGUUCUCCUCCUUCAAUAACGAUUCAAACUUGAUGCAACACCCACUUGGGUUGACCAGAGACUUUCUUGGCGUUGGGGUCACCACCAGGUUCAUGAAUAAUCCAAUGGGAUCCCUCGUCGACCUCCAAACCAAUCCUCUUCAUCAUCAAGAAUAUAUGUAGGUGAGGUUAAUUGUAUGAUACAUAGAUAUAAUAAUGAUAAUAAAAAGAACAAGUUAAGUUAAUUAAGUAGCUAAGUUAAUGAUGAUAGAUGGGUCACGGAGGCAUAGCAUUGAGAUCAGAUGAGAUAUGACAGGAUCCAUCUCGUGAACCAAGUGGGGGCCAACCCAUAUUUGGAACCACUAUCUAUAAUAAUAUUCCCUCAGCUCUUUCAAUUAUUAUUUUUGGUAGUAGCAAUAGCACUACACUAGUAAUCUA